AUGCCCGCACACUUUGCCCCCUCCCAGCCCCUCCAAGGCGGCCCCUCUCCCUCCCAACUCGGACCAAAAGAACUCCUCAUCGAGCGCGCCCUCACCCGCCUCCGCUCGAUCCCGAACGAUUUGGAGAAAUAUACCUUCCUCGCUGGAUUGAGGGGGAGGAACCCGGAUGUGUUUUAUGGAUUGGUUGGGGGGAACAUGAAGGAGUGUUGCCCGAUCAUCUACACCCCCGUCAUCGGUCUCGCAUGCCAAAACUGGUCCCUGAUCCACCCUCCCCCGCCCGAAUCAGACCCAACCAUCGACGCCCUCUACCUCUCCUACUCGGACCUCCCGAACCUCCCCCAACUCAUCGGCGGACUCAAGACUCGUCUCCCGCACGACCAGAUGCAGAUCAGUGUCGUCACUGAUGGGUCGCGCGUGCUUGGACUUGGAGAUUUGGGCGUCGGAGGGAUGGGAAUCUCGCAGGGUAAACUCAGUCUGUACGUCGCAGCAGGCGGAGUGAACCCGAAAGCUACCCUGCCCAUCGCCAUCGAUUUCGGAACCGACAACGAGACGUUGCUUGCGGAUCCGCUUUAUGUCGGACAGAGGAUCAGGAGGUUGUCGCAGGAAAAGUGCCUCGAAUUUAUGGAGGUGUUUAUGAGGUGUAUGCAUGAGACGUUCCCGAAUAUGGUCAUCCAACACGAAGACUGGCAGACUCCGCUCGCGUUCCCGCUCUUGCACAAGAACCGCGACUUGUAUCCGUGCUUCAACGACGACAUCCAAGGCACCGGCGCCGUAGUCCUCGCCGGCGCGAUCCGCGCCUUCCACCUGAACGGCGUCGCGCUCAAGGACCAGAAGAUCCUCUUCUUCGGCGCGGGGUCGUCGGGCGUUGGGGUCGCCGAGACGAUCUGCAAGUACUUUGAGCUGCAGGGGAUGAGCGAGGACGAGGCCAAGAGCAAGUUUUGGCUCGUGGAUUCCAAGGGCCUCGUCGCGCACAACCGAGGCGACACCCUCCCCUCGCACAAGAAGUACCUCGCGCGCUCCGAGCCCGACGCGCCGAAGCUCCGCACGCUCAAGGAGGUCGUCGAGCAUGUCCAGCCGACUGCGCUGCUGGGGUUGUCGACUGUCGGUGGGACGUUCACGAAGGAGAUUCUCGAGGCGAUGGCAACCUACAACAAGCGCCCGAUCGUCUUUGCGCUCUCGAACCCCGUCGCCCAAGCCGAAUGCACUUUCGAAGAAGCGGUCGAAGGGACAGACGGGCGCGUCUUGUAUGCGAGCGGGAGCCCGUUCGACCCGGUCGAGUACAAGGGCAAGAGGUAUGAACCGGGUCAGGGGAACAAUAUGUACAUCUUCCCCGGCCUCGGAAUCGGAGCGAUCCUCGCGCGCGUCUCCAAGAUCCCCGAAGAACUCGUCCAUGCUUCGGCGCAGGGUCUCGCCGACUCGCUCACGCCCGAGGAGACGGCUCGCCACCUCCUUUACCCGGACAUCGAGCGCAUCCGCGAAGUCUCGAUCAAGAUCGCCGUGACCGUCAUCCAAGCCGCGCAAAAGCUCGGGGUCGACCGCAACGAGGAGCUGCGCGGCAAGUCGAGUGCCGAGAUUGAAGCGUACGUCAGGAAGGGGAUGUAUCAUCCGCUUUUGGAGGCGGAGCAGCAGGCGCAGUAG